AUGGCUUGGACACAGUUUUGGAUCUUUGUUCUUCUAAAGAUUUUUACAUCAAACUGUCAGAAUCUCAUCCAGAGACGGAUCAAUGGCGGGAAUGCACCAUCACCCAUUUCUGUUAAAUAUCUUGUUUCAUUGCAAACCCCUAAAGGCCAACAUUUCUGUGGAGGAUCCCUGGUGCAUAGAUACUGGGUGCUUACUGCUGCACAUUGUAAUAUGCGGAUGGAUCAGAUGAUGAUAGUGGCUGGAGACAACAUUCUCGGGAAGUAUGAAGGGAUGGAGCAGUAUUCAAAACCACACUUAACCAUACCCCACCCUCUUUACAACAAGAGCACCAAUAAUGCAGACAUCAUGCUUAUUAAGCUGCGGGCUCCAAUAAAGCUGAACAACUAUGUCUCCCUGGCUCUUCUGCCCAAGCAAAACACAGCCAUGCUGCCGGGUCAGUUGUGCCAGGUCUCCGGUUGGGGCUCCACAAGUCAACCUACACUUGAGACUCUGGGCUUGCCAAUAAUUUCCACAGCCAAGUGUAACAGCAGCGAGUCAUUGGAUGGCAAAAUCACUGCCAACAUGAUCUGUGCCCGGUACAGAACUGGUAGCAGGGAUGCAUGCAAGGUGGAUCCCGGAGGGCCGCUUGUGUGUAACGGACGACUCUAUGGCCUGGUUUCAUGGGGACAACAAAUGUCCUGCGAGGACGCCACAUUUCCGGGGGUGUACACGUCAGUGGCCAGGUUUCGCAGGUGGAUAGACCGUACCAUCUACAGAUCCUUCAUACGAUGCUACAAGUACAGAAGACCAUUUAAAUUUACUUCAAGAUAUGUGUAAAGUGCAUAUAACAUUGAAAUAAUUAGUAGAAUGAAACGUUUUUAAAU